AAGCCCUUGUCGUUUGCGGAUUGUGUUGGGGAUGAACUGCCCUGGGGAUGGGAAGCCGCAUAUGAUCCUCAGAUCGGUGUAUACUACAUUGAUCACAUCAACCAAACAACACAAAUAGAAGAUCCCAGGAAACAAUGGAGGCAAGAACAAGAGAGAAUGUUAAAAGAUUAUCUCAUGAUAGCCCAGGAUGCUCUCAGUACUCAGAAAGAACUGUACCAGGUGAAAGAACAGAGGCUAGCACUUGCACUGGAUGAGUACGUUCGGUUGAAUGAUGCCUACAAAGAAAAAUCAAGCUCUCGUACAAGCUUGUUCUCGGGCUCCUCAUCAAGCACAAAGUAUGACCCUGACAUUCUGAAGGCUGAAAUCUCCACUACAAGAUUAAGGGUUAAGAAGCUGAAGAGGGAACUCUCUCAGAUGAAGCAAGAGCUGCUGUACAAGGAACAGGGCUUUGAGACGCUGCAACAAAUUGACCAAAAAAUGUCUGGAGGCCAGAGCGGGUAUGAACUAUGUGAGGCCAAAGCCAUCCUGAGUGAACUGAAGGCCAUCAGAAAGGCGAUAAGUUCAGGGGAGAGAGAAAAACAAGAUUUAAUGAAGAGUCUUGCAAAGCUGAGAGAGAAAUUCAGUCUUGACCAGACCAUUGGGACAUCUGAACCAGACUUGAGUUCCAGCUCUGUAAACUCCCAGCUGUGUUUUUCUAGACAAACUCUGGAUACAGGGUCUCAGACUGACAUUUCUGGUGAGGUUGGAGCAAGAAGUAGAGCUAAUUUAGCAGAGAAGGUCAGACUAAGUCUUCAAUAUGAAGAGGCAAAAAGAAGCAUGGCUAACUUGAAGAUCGAACUCUCUAAACUAGAUAGCGAAGCCUGGCCUGGGGCACUGGAUGUGGAAAAGGAAAAACUCAUGUUAAUCAAUGAAAAAGAAGAGCUUUUAAAGGAACUCCAGUUUAUUACACCACGCAAGCGUACUCAAGAUGAGCUAGAGCAGCUAGAAGCAGAAAGGAAGAGGCUUGAAGAAGAGCUGCUGUCUGUAAAAAGCACACCCAGUCAAGCACUUGCUGAGAGGUUGAAAUUGGAGGAGAGAAGGAAAGAGUUGGUACAGAAACUUGAAGAAACUACGAAGUUAACUACUUACUUGCAUUCACAACUUAGGAGCCUCUCAGCAAGUACGUUAUCUGUGUCUUCAGGGAGCAGUCUGGGAUCUCUGGCAUCCAGCCGAGGAUCUCUGAACACGUCAAGCAGAGGGUCGCUAAACUCGCUCAGCUCCACAGAUCUCUACUACAACCAAGGCGAUCAAAUAACGGAUUUGGACUAUCAGUAUAAACUUGACUUCAUAUUGCAAGAAAAAAGUGGUUACAUUCCUUCGGGGCCUAUCACUACUAUUCAUGAAAACGAAGUGGUCGGUUCCCACGGGAGACUGGGUUACAGUGACUCUCCUUCAGCUGCAGACCAUCCCAAAUUGACUGAACCUCCCAAAUCUGUGACAUCGUUGUCUUCCAGAUCCUCACUCUCCUCCUUGUCCCCCCCAGGCUCCCCUUUGGUUUUAGAAGCUGCGUUUUCAGUGUCGGCUCAGAAUUCCCCUCUGCAUCACCUCACUACAGACUUUGAAGACUGUGACAUUUCGGGUGAUUUUGCGGGCAUUAGUCUCUGUGAGAACCAAAUAUUACUGGACUCUGAAGCCGGAGCAGGAUCUCGGAUUCCUCCAGAUGACAAAGAUCUUAAUGAAGGCAUUAGGCAGCCUCUGCCUUCUCUACAUGAAGGAAGUUCAGGUGUUGACUUACCGCGCAGAACAGCUGGUCACCUGCUUGAGGAGAAAACAGCUUGUGUAUCUGCUGCCGUGUCCGAUGAGUCUGUAGCUGGAGAUAGCGGUGUAUAUGAAGCUUCUGUGAAACAACCAAAUGAAACCGAGGACAUUGUAUAUAGCGAAGAUGAUGCAACAACUCUAGAGGCUGCUCAGGUACAAAUAGGACUCAGAUAUGACCACGGCAAUUCAAGUUUUGUGAUAAUCAUAGUACGGCUUGGAAAUCUUCCAGCGUUUGCUGUCCCCCUUGGCUCUAAAGUGUACAUUAGAGUAGCAGUGCUUCCAUCCUCAACUGACACCAGCUGUCUGUUCCGCACAAAAGUUCAUCCUGCCAUGGAAACCAUUUUAUUCAACGAGAUAUUCAGAGUAGCCAUUUCCCAAGUAACACUGCUACAGAAGACGCUGAGAGUAGAUGUUUGUGCUGUCGGUAGAAGUCGUCGGGAAGAAUGCUUGGCUGGGACUCAGAUCAGCCUGGCUGAUUUAUCAUUUUCUGAUGAGACUUGUGCUCUGUGGUACAACCUGUUGCCUUGCAAGCAAAUUCCUGGCAAGAAAACCAAGGAACAGAAUGAAGAAUCCAUGUUUCUGUUAAGCAAACAGUCAUCAGACUCAUUGGACUUGGAUGCUGUGUCAGCUUUGCUGGAGAGGACAUCUGCUGAGCUGGAAGCAGUAGAACAAGAGCUGGCUGAAGAUGAGGAAGAGGAGGAUGAACAGGAGCAAAGGGGCUCUGAGGAAGACUGGUUAGAAAUGCUCGCAGAAGCCUCUGACGAAAUUGUGGAUGAAGAGGAAGAUGGCAUGAAGCUGGCAGUAGAAGGCAGCUGUACCGAUGACAUGGGGUUACUCAUUGAUGCGUCAGAAACAAAUGAAGACAGAGAGAACAGUGAUGAGGCCCGUGACAGCCAGCAAGCUGCUGUAAUGCAAACACUGGUUGAUAAAGAGACUAACACUGAGGAAUCGGUUAACGAGAACGCAACCGUCCGACCCAAGGACAGAGCCAGCUGGAGCUCAAGACAGCGUCCUUUUGUCAGGAACAGCAUGAUAGUGCGCUCACAAACCUUCUCUCCAGGCGAGCGGAACCAAUACAUCUGUAGGUUGAAUCGAAGUGACAGCGACAGCUCAACACUGGCCAAAAAGUCUCUCUUUGUGAGAAAUGCCACAGAACGGCGGAGCCUAAGAGUUAAACGGCCUGUUUGCCAACCGAUCAUGCGAAGAGCUACACAGGAGUGCCCCAUAAGGACUUCCCUUGACUUGGAGCUGGACCUCCAGGCGUCACGCACAAGACAGAAUCGUCUGAAUGAUGAGCUUCGGGCCUUGCGGGAUCUUAAACAAAAGCUUGAGGAAAUGAAAGGCAGAGGAGAGACAGACCUUCCCCUGUGUGUGCUAGAGGACGAACGAUUCCAGAAACUCUUGAAACAAGCUGAAAAACAGGCUGAACAGUCAAAAGAAGAACAGAAACGAGGUUUAAGUGCUGAGAAAUUGAUGAGGAAGGCUUCUAAGGAUGUAUGCCGGUUACGGGAGCAGAGCCAGAAAGUGCCACUGCAGGUGCAGUCAUUCAGGGAGAAGAUAGCGUACUUCACAAGAGCAAAGAUCAGCAUCCCAGCCCUUCCAGCUGAUGAUGUAUAAUUAUGCGUUUUCACUGAAGUGUUUUCCACUUGCUCAUCUCUUUUCAGAUGAACUUUGUAGUUCCAGUGACCUGCUUUGAAAGAUCUUCUAUUUUACAUUCACUAUUGAUAUGUUUAUUUGUAAAAUACAGUGAAUUGAAUUGUUGUAUGCUUAAAAAAAUG